AAUGUCAAAAUAACAAAAGCACGUUUGUUUUAAAACAUCUAGCCCUAGAGCCACACACGUUCUCUAUUUACUCCUUUAAAAUUUAUUUAAAAUAAAAUGGAAGAAGAAAUAAAUACUGAAUCUGAAGCCACCGUCAAUUUUGUUCCAGUGAUAUGUUUCGUCAAACGAGGCAUUGCCAAAGAACGACCCGAGAAAAUUGUUCUUACCCAAGAAGAGCUAGCCAGAGUGAUCAAAGAAACCAAAUCUCAAAUUGCUGGUGCCGAUGAGAGUGAUGCAUCUGGCGAUGAAGACGACUCUGCUUCAGAUGCAGAAAUGGACACCAUCGAACCAUCAGAAGCUCCAGCUCUAACCUCUGAUGAAUUCAAUUUCGAUAACUAUGAUAACGAAGGCGAUGUCCGACUUGCUAACAUCGCAAACAUCGCCGAAGUGGAUCCAGACCAUGAUCUUGAAGAUGACGAAGAUUCAGAAGCUGAAGAUGAAAUCAUCAAACCAACCGAUAAUCUUCUUCUCGUUGGCCAUGUUGCCGAUGAUGCAGCUUCCUUAGAAGUAUGGAUUUUCAAUGAGGAAGAAGAGUCUUUGUACACUCAUCAUGAGUUCAUACUUCCCAGCUUUCCUCUAUGCAUAGAAUGGCUGAAUCAUGACCCUGGCAGUGAAACAGCUGGCAAUCUUUGCGCUGUCGGCUUCAUGGAUCCCAUCAUCACUAUUUGGGAUCUUGACAUUCAAGAUCUAAUUGAACCUACAUUCAAACUAGGUUCCAAAGGCAAUCGCAAGAAGAACAAAGCUGCUUUUGGACACACCGAUGCUGUAUUGGAUCUGUCGUGGAACAAACAGUUUCCCCAUAUUCUUGCCAGUGGAUCUGUAGAUCAAUCUGUUAUUCUAUGGGAUCUAGACGAAGGCAAGCCUCAUACAACUAUCACUAGUUUCAAGGAAAAGGUUCAAUCAAUUGAGUUUCACUCGACUGACGCUCAGAAUUUGCUCACAGGUUGCGCUGAUGGACGUAUUCGGUUGUAUGAUUGUCGAAAUGCUGAAGCACCAGAAGAAGGUUUAUUAAAAUGGAAAGUUCGCGGAGGAGAAGUUGAAAAGGUCCUUUGGAAUCCAGUAGAUAUGGACAAUUUUAUAGUGGGCACAAGUGAUGGUCAGUUACAUUAUGCUGAUAGAAGAAAACCUUCAGAAUUCCUUUGGUCGACAAAAGCUCAUAAUGAAGAAAUUUCGGGAAUUUGUUUUAAUCCAGAGAAGAAGAAUCUAUUAACGACAACAUCAACAGAUGGAAUUUUAAAAGUUUGGAAAUUCGAUGAAAGCUUGAUUAGCCAAGUGUAUGAACAUGAUUUCGAUAUGGGUAUUUUACAUUGUAUGAGACAGUGUCCAGAAGAUCCAUAUACUUUGGCAUUUGGAGGAGCCAAAGUUCCAAGAUGUAGAGUGUUUAAUAUUAAGAAUUUUGAAGCGGUGCGCAGAGCUUUUGACAUUCCUUCUGUGUUGGAGUAAUGGAUUUGAUUUAAUUAAUUUUUUUUUGUAUUCUAUUUCAAAUGAAAUAAAGCUUUAUUUUAUAAAUAAUAA